UUGCAACGUUCAGUUCUGCACGUAGAGCUCCUGACUGCAGACGUCAAACUCGUCAGCUGUGAAACGAAAACGAGCGAUGGUCGCUGCCGAGAACGACGUGUCUCUCUUUUAAUUAUUUUUUUGCAAUAAGCAGAGAGUGUGAUAUAUAUUUUUUCACACACCGAAAUUUAAAGUGACGGAUCUACAGGAGCAAACACCCGCUUGGUUUAUUGGUCCAGAGCGGCACAGUGUCAGCCUCUGACGCAGCCGGAGCACCUAUCCGCGAGGGAGACGCUGACACCUGACGGCUGCAUCUCUCGACGCGCCGUCUUCCUCAUCACGACCACUUCGGCUCUGCAGUGCAGGAACUGCUGCAUUUUAUGGAAACGGAGUCGGUGCAUCCAGUCGUGGUCAUGCUGCCCCCAAAGAAUUGCCUGCCGAGGAACUACAGCUGCAUUGCCGGACUGUUUGGGAGCCUGGCAGCGGCAAACCCGCGGCUUGAUGAUGGGGACGAUUUUGAUAUGAUUAACGAUACUUGCGAAACCACCGAGACCCCCGUGGUGGAAGAGAGACCACGGGGCAGAGAGAUCUUCCUGAAGCCGCCACAGAGUCCAAAUCUGCGUCGGAGGUGCAAGUCGCUGCCUACAUCCACAGAGAGAGCAAAGUUAGAGAUAGCCCGCACCAGAAGUCCAACCAGUCAGAAAAAGGUCCGGUUCGCCGAUUCCCUUGGCCUGGAGCUCAUUUCAGUGAAGCACUUCGAUGAUGCAGAUGAGCCAGAGGUGCCGGAGCGCAUAUUGGCCAAACUAACCAAAGGACACCUCCACCUUAAUCAUUUGGACACAAAAUUCCCGCGUGCCCCUGCGCAGUCUGUGUGCAUGGAGUUGCAGUUCACCAACCCAGGCACAGUACCCGGCUUUGAGCAGAAAGUGAGGGAGGUGAAGGUCAUGUUAGAGACCGUUCAGGCGGACGAAUUCAGCCUCUCCGGGUUUGUGCGCGUGUUAAAUACGGCUUUCGAAAAGAGCGUCUCUUUGCGGUAUUCUCUGAACAACUGGAUAACAUUUAUGGACAGUCUGGCGUCCUAUGUUCCCGACUCAAGCAACGGUGACACUGAUAAGUUCUCUUUCAAGAUAGUGAUGCCCACCUAUCUGGACAGCGGAGGCACAUUUCAGUUUGCAAUUAAAUACUGUGUCGGCGGGAAAGAGUUCUGGGACAAUAAUAAUGGGAACAACUACAAAGUGCGGCGUCACCGGUUCAAGAUGUCCCCACCGCGGGAAUGGGAGAAUGGAUGGAUUCACUUUAUCUGAGCUGUGUCGCACUUGCAGUCUGCGUGCGUAAUUUGCGCGUUACUGAUCCCCGGAUAUCUAAAGUAUGACUGUAACUUGUUAAAGAUGUUCUUUUCUGCCAUUGCCAGCUACACACAAAGCUGUGACACUGAAAAUUAUUUCCCAUAAUAAUUCAAAUAUUUGCCCCGUUGUGGUAACAGAUUUAGGGUCGAAGACUACAGUAAACGCCUUUGAUGGGUGCCCGGAGAGGGAUCCUGUUAGAUAAUUUGCCUUGAUGUCAGGGUUCUGUGUACAGCUUGGUGCCCUUUGGGAGGGCAUGGUCACGUUAUGUAAUGUAGAAACACGUGCCACGGGAAACGUGCUGGGCAAUGCCAACUUCGGGCAUCACUGUUCCUUUCAGGAGAUUCUGUAAAAUGAUUUGGUGGCACGAUGAUGUUUAAAUUGUCAUUGUUUUGCUUGCGUGCAAAUAUAUUGUCUUGAUGUGAAGCAGAAAGCAUCUUGGCUGAUAUGGAUAUCAAGCGAACUAUAGUAGCAUAUAGUCUCCUGCAGGCUGGGAGAAACAUACACACAUUGUCUUAUUGAGUUGAUGAACAGAAGCAUUGGCAGGUUAUUUUAUAGAAACAAAACAAAAAACUAUUUCCCCACUGUCAUGCCAUUGAAAAUGCCUUAUUUAAAGCCUUGAUGUGGGACGUUGUGCAGCGAAUAUUUUGAAUACAGUAUUGUCUUCUUUUGACUUAACUAAAUGCUUUUGAUGGCUAUCAUCCUUAAACUUUAAAAAUAAAGCAUAGAGGCAUUGGGAAUUAGUUAGUGUCCUUACAUGGAGGCUUUUAAUCUAGAGACACCAUACUUAGUCAUAAACCAGCCAUAUAUUUGCACCUAUUCAACACACAUUGUAUAUUUAUCUGCUGAAUUAUUGCAAAAAAUAUUUUCCCUAACCAAAGUUCAAAGGCAAUGAAAACGUUUUCUCUAGAAAAACAAUAGCUUAAUUAUAACAGCAUCAUCCAUCAAAUCAUAAAGUUUAGGUUCAUAAAGCAUGGGCUGUGAUACUGUGAUAGGAAGGAACCACUUGAGCGUGGUUGUUGUCCCACCAAGGAAAAUACAUUUAGUAGCAAUCUUUGCCAUGUUCAAUUUACCUCAGACUACAUGCAGACCUUUUCUCUUCUUCUUCAGGUUGAUCGUUACAAAGCAGAUGUUAUUUUCACAGUAAUUAUUUUCUAACAGAUACAGAACACAGUGUGUAUUCAUUUCUAUUGGUGAUUGCACCGUGUAACUGAUUUUCCUAGGGCAGUGUUUUUAACAAAGUAGCUAUCACACGGACGUAUGUGUUGAACUGGCUGUAAAAGUAAAUGAUGAUAUCGUCAGUCGCCACUGUGCAUGAAUAGUGCUGCUUCUUACACCUGACCGAAAUGGUUUAAGACACCUGACUGUUUGAUACUUCAUUUUCAUACCAUAAACCAUGAGUGAUGUUGAUCAACCAGUCUACCAUUUCCAGACAACAGCUAAUCCAUACGGCUUUAAGUAAUCCACUGGCGGUCACUCUUCCAAACCUGCUCCAGACCAUAUGUGAUCGUGUACUUUGUGGUAAACAGGUUUGCUUGUCGUAGGAAAACGAGUUUAAUUAAAAAUGCAAAUGUUCUUCAUGCUUUUUGUAAGUGUAUGAUGUUAUAAAUGUUUUUGGCCAUGUAGAAAGUUGAGACUCCAGUUCAGCAAGUAGAGGAACAACAGGCAGGAUGUUUUUAAAUCCAGUGCUCUGACUGUAAUCUGAACAUCACUUUGUCCUUUGUUUACAUCAGCAUGGCCUCAGAGCGAGGCUCUCCAUUUAACGAGGCCAUCAGGUCGGGAUGUGGAUAAAGACUAUUCCUGUAACCACUUAGUUUUUGGAGCAGUUCCACUGUGAAUCCAUCAGUAAUGUUUGUCUCUAAAUCUGGCAAUGUUGUCAAUGCUGAUGUUGUUCGAAUAGUUUUGCUGAAGUGAUAGAUUGCCAGCACUGAGUUGAUAUUUGCUUUCUCUACAUUUAUCACACACAGACCUGCAUUUUCUCACCUGUUAGUUUAAGUACACUGUGGAUAUAAAAGGUCUGGCCACGGCAGAGCUUACUGUGUGUUAUGUUGUUAAAUCAGUGGGUAUUUGCAUAUGGUCUGUGUAAACUUUGUUCAAACAUUCAUGCUGUGCAAUACCAGAAAACAUUAAUUAUCCCGGAUGAGACUUCUGAUGGGGUCCCGAGAUGCAUCAAUACCAAUUCAUCACUUCCAACACAGACUAUGUAGAGUUACUACAACAGUGUACAGUUUGAGAUUGCUUAGUUUGCUUGACAUAAAUGACAUUGGCAUGAUAUGAUGUGGAAACCGUACGAUACCAGUGCUAAGUUUUAGCCUGGUAUCCCCCACACUGCUGUAGUUAUUGGUGCAUCCACACCAUAAACCAAUUGAAGGGCUUCUGGUCUGAUUAGAUUUUCACCUCAAUGAAUACAUGACAUUUUGCAUCACAACUCACUGAUAUAUUGAUAUGUAUAUAAAUGUCUUAAUGUUUCACAUUGAAUGUCUUCCUGUUACUGUUCUACGUUGUGUGUAUUUUGAAGUAUUUUCAAAGCAAAAUU